AUGACCACCUCAAUCAAGUCCCAAACGGAGGCUUGUACUCCAUUAAACCAGCAAGUUCAUUCAGUAUUAACCCCAGAAUCUAUGAAUAAGGCUUCACCAUGCCAGUCUGACAAGUCGACUCCUAUUGACUCAACUGAUCACUCUUCCUCCAGUAACCCUCAAGGAGAGAUUUCAAACCAAGAUGAAUUUACGACUCCCAUCAAGAAGAAGAAUCAAAGGCUCGCUCAUUCUCCAUGCAAACCUAAUCAUGGUCAUUCAGAACUUCAUUCCAUUUCAAGUAAUACCAACCAGAGCCUCAAGUCAAAUGAAAGUUCACCUCUCUCUUUUGAAAUUUCUCCUUCAUCCUCUGCAGUGGAGAGCGAGGAGGAUUUAGAAAUCCUGGCCUUUACCUCUCCAAUUGUGGAUCCUCGGACCAAUCACUUUGGAAGGAUUCGUGGAGGAGCAAGAUUGGAAGACAGCCUUUUGGAAGAGGUGGAAGGUGCGCUCAAUUAUUUGCAAAUUCCUUCCAACCGUAAUGAACGAGACUCUGUGGAAAGUGACCUUUCUUCAUUAACAACCAAAAGUACUUGCAACAGCGACGUUUGUUUCACUCCAAGUCCUUCCAAGAGUGUUCAAGAAAAGAGCGAGAAACAAGCAAUACCUGAGUGGAGAAUUAAGGAUGGAAAGGAAGUGUCGUCCUCCUCUAACUGUGAGCUAUUUUCUGCAUUUGGGUCCACAAGAACUCCCGACAAGAGGGUCAAGGACUCACCUUCAUCAAGCUCUUCGAAUGGAACAGGAAGAUUGAGUUGUAGCGCCUCUCCCAACAACAAAUGCAAGGGUGCUUGGUUUAACAAGACUAAUUCCAAUAUGAUAACUCCACAUGCAUCAAGUGAGACCGCGAAUCUCCAAAGAUCACCACUCCACAAAGCGAGCGAGAUGGAUUCAGAAUUGAAAGUUAUUGAACUUGGAGCUGAGAACGGAGGCAACAUCACACGCAUGAACGAGUAUGGCUCAUGCGAUGACAAGCACAUUAACAAAUGGUUUCACUUACAAAGACAUGCUCCUCAUGCGCUUCACGUUCACUGCGCCAUUUUAAAGCAGAAAGCUCCUUGUCCUUCACUUGUUUCAAAUGCUUCCUUAGAUUUUGAAUGCAUGUAUCGACUCAUGAAUCGAGAGGGGAUUAUGUUGACAUCAUUUGCAAGAUGUAAAAGUAAGGCUCGAGCAAGGAAUAUUGCGGCUACGUACAUGCUGAUUCAGCUCUAUCCGGAAUUCCACGGGAAUGUGUUGCAAAUCAUGAAGUACUUGGAUCAGCAACUCAAAGAGAAAAAUGUGAACUUGAGAAAGGUCAUUAUGGACGAGAAUGAUGUUGCACAUCAAGAGAAGACAUUCAAACUCAUUGACGAAAAGGUAAUUAAGGAAGGUUUCAAUCCAGUCUCCAUUGUCAAUACUCAAUCUCCACAAGAAGAAGAAAGAACAAAGAGCAGUGAGAUUUCCAAUGAUGUUGAAUCGUUCUAUUCAUCUGACCAAUCUUUUUCUUAUGGACCAUUUCCAAUGUUUGAUCAGACCACUGAUCUUCUCAUUCCUUUAGAAGAGCCAGUUAAGGUUUUGAAUGAGGUAAUCCACUUGAAAGGUUUCAAUUACCCAACAUGUCGCCAUAAGGAAGAGCCAACUACUGAACAGAAUACGCAGCAAGGUGACAACGGAGUAACAGUUCUCAAGAGCCAUUCUCCUUCCAUUCAUUCCAUCAUUAUGGUUUUAGAAACUCCCAAAGGAGUUUACUUUUCAGAAGGAAAAAGCUUAGAUAUUAAGCAAGCAAAGAGUGAAUGUGCUUGGAAGAUGCUCAACUAUUUGUUCCCUUAUCUCAACGGGAGCUGGGCUCUCAUUGUGAAUCAAGUCGAAAGAUUGAGAGAGCAAAAAAGAAAGGAAAAAUUGCAAAAGAGAGAACAAGUCUUUGGAGCAAAACGAAAGCUCGAUUUCUCCAAUCUCAUGUCCACAGAAUCAAGUUCAGCUUGUUGUGAGGAUCAAGGAACAGAUCACUCCGGCAUGUCUCUCCAAGAGAAACAGUCACUCAUGAGCUCGAACUCUACCAAUGCGUCAGCAGACAUUCCUUCUUGUAAGAGCUGUGCUGCCCUUCCAAUCUCUCCUCCGCACCACAACGGUGGAUAUCCAUUCUAUUUCAUUUCGCGUGAGGGAAUUCCAUUGCAAACACAGCAACCCUUUCCUCCACACAUGAUGAUGGGAGGACCAGUGUAUUAUCCACCUCCUCCACCUUCUCAAUUUUACAAUUCAUACGCUCAUCCUGUCAUCAAUAGCAACUUGUAUCAUGAUCCAUAUCAUAAGUAUCAUCCUGUUGGGUUUCUUUCUCAACACAACAACCCUUACUCUCCUCAGCAUGCUGGUCCAGUUUGGUUUCCUUAUGGAGGAUUUCAAUGUCAGCAACCUCAACCUCAGCAGCCUCCGUUCAAUAAGAACCCUCCAAGGUUUGGAUUAUUCCAGCCAAGUUCAAGGAAGAACGAGACCAACAAACAGCUGCAUCCACACAAUCCCGAGAAUGCUCCCCAGAGAAAGCAUCAAGGUCAAAGCAUGUCACCUCCACGUCAAUAA